CUGCCGAGCUUUCAGUCGCUUAUACUCGAGCUCUCCUAUAUUCCAGAAUCAAGCGAUACGCACGCUCGACCGAUACAAGAGUGAAAUUCGCGAUGAGAUUUAAAGCUCCUAGCGUUGCACUCGUUAGCUGUGUGAUCGCGAUCGUCUAAUCGUCAGGCGUCGAUCGUGCGAUAGUUCCUUGUUGUUGUUGUUGACAGUGCGCGCGAGUCCGAAUCCGAAGAGGAGAAAGAAAAAAAAGGUAUACAGAGCGCGCGCCUCGUCCGCCGCUCCGAGUGCAAAGUUCGAAUGAGCGAAACAAGUGAUAGCUGCGCUUCUGCCGCUGCCGCGACACCUCGGCCGGAAUAACAUAAAGAAGAGCACGCGACAGCGAGGAGGCCCCAGCAGACGACUCGGCGUUUUCGAUGCUCGCUACGCCGUUCGAGCCAGUAAUCGAGGCUGGAGCAGCAGCAGCAAUCGGCGAUUCCAACGAAACGCACUGCCUACAUCGCCAGCCGAGUCGUUUCGUCACCGGCUUAUAGCACUUUCCCAUCCAGGACGAGUGCCCCCGGAGCAGUUGAGGCCUUUUUUCCCAAUUGGAGGGCGCCCCGAAAAUGCUCGGCUCGACGACCUCCUCGCUUUUGUCCUGCUGCCUGCUGCUGCUGCUAUCUGCGCUGCUGCACAGCUCUACAGGUCUAUCGACGAUCGCCAGCGAGGGCCAUCAAUUGGACAUCGAGCAGCAGCCACAUCAUGACGUCGAACUCGACGAGUUCACCUUCGGCUGCUACUUCUCGGCCGAGUAUCAGGGCGAGUUCGUCAUGCAGGUCAACAGUCCGUCGUCGAGCAACAGUGCCCAGCUCAUGCAGCAGUCCCUCUCGGCCUUCAUGGGCGAGCGCUCGAAGCUGCUGACCCCCAAGCAGCUCCUCCAGCAGCGCCAGCAGCAGCAGCAGCUGAGCAGCCUCGAGCCCGUCCAGUACGUCAGUCUGAACAUCACCUUCAACGCCAUACCCGUGUGGGGCUACUGCCACCGCAAGCUCCAGGACAAGGUGCUGCUGCGCGACCGACGCGGCGGCUACGGCGAGUGCAUGCGCUGCUUCAGGCUGGUGCGCCGCGCCCGCAACAUACUCCAGGUCUACUAUCGCGACCUGGCCGUCUGCUACACCGACGAGGCCCGGGCCAUCGAGUCGUGCGACCACCUCAACACCUCGGCCAUUCUCUACCGUACGAGCGAGGUCGGUGGCGAGAAGAUACGCAACGAGUACUGCCCGAUCGCCGGCAAGUAUCGCUUCAAGUACACGGUCAACUACGACUACGAGCUGCUGCAGGAGAGCAACGAGCCCGAGAGCCGCGACGAGUGCGACGGCUUCACCUCGGAGCUCGACAACUGUCCGGACGGCUCGCAGCUCAAGCUGCGCUUCAACCGCUGCUCCUUCGAGGAGCACGAGGUGAGCCUCGACUGCCUGGCCAGCUGGCCCGUCGCCGACUCGGACGACGAUUCCCAGCCCGGCCCGAGGAACAGCGACGCGCCCCGCUACGUGGCCCUGCUCGACAGUCGCGGCACCGGCACCGCCAGUAGCAGCAGCAGCGAGUUCGCCAGCGGCAAGAGGCGCCGGCCCCGUUACCGAUGCGGCCUCUACCACGUGGACGGGCGCACCGGCAAGACCUACCUGUCGCUCAGCAGCGACUCCAGCUGCAGCCUCAAUCUGCAGAACUCGACGUCGGGCUACGAGCGCCUCGUGCUCAGCAAGACGACCACCCAGAAGAAGAUGCCGAGCUACGUCGUCAACAAUCUCAGCACGUUUCCCCAGUGGGCCCAGGGCGAGUGGGAGGAGACCGUCAUCGUCAACGGCACCAUGACCUUCCAGGAUCUCAACGGCUACAAGAGCUUCACCUUCGUCACCGUCGACUCGGACGAGGCUACGGGACGCUACAUCGUAUUUUCCCGCGACCAGUGCGAACAAGAAGCAUACGUCUGCCUGAUCAUGAAGCAGCGCAGCGAAAACGUGCUGGAAUUCGUCGUGGGCACGGUGUCGUCGCCGGUCUACCAGCCGGCCCUCUGCAACGAGACGAAUCUGCUGCUCGAGCGCCAGGGCGCCGUUUGGUGGACCCUGGCCAGACUCGAGCGCAACCACGAGUCACCCUGCCCCAUAACCGGCGAGUACACCGGCCGCAUCACCGACGUUCCCGGCAUGUGCGCCGAGCUCAGCAGCAAUUGCCACACGCGACAGCUCAUGUACUACAAAGUCUACGAUUGCGAGUCCGGCGAGCUUUACGAGGAGCGCACCUACGAGUGCCUGGGACAGUGGCUCGAGAACGGACUGACUUACAGCUACACCAUGCGACAAGACACCCAAACGAACGAGUGCUUCGUCGGAGCGAUCGUCAACGACGAGGAAAUCUACAUCAAGGAAGCUGGAGAUUUUUGUGCACGCACCAUCGAUCCGCGUACCGAAGGCAUGCGACUCUAUCGUAAGGGCCUUUGUCUCGGCAACUCGUCCAGUCCGGCGCCGACGCCCAUUACCUCGUCCACGACCCCGAUAUCGUCCUCGCCGUUCUCGUCGUCGUCGUCGCCCUCGUCGUCCUCCUCCUCGUCGGCUUCUCUCGUGCCGGUAUCGGAUCUGCCUCUCGCAUCGGUCACGCUUUCCGACACGGAGCACCGACAGUCCUACCCUCCGCACUACGUCAACUCGAUAUCGAGUAGCAGUAGCAGUAGUAGUAGUAGUAGUAGUAGUAGUAGUAGUAGCAGCGUCGGUUCUGCGGAGCCACCGCCACCGCCUCCGAGAAACGGUGCCGGUGCCUACCCGACCCACAGGUUUCGGCCGGGUUACUUGCCUUCUUCCACUACCAGUAGGACGACGCAUAGAGCCACGACUACGGCCGUUAAAGCGGAUCGAUUUCCGAACUCGGCCGCGAGUCAACCCAACAAAAUGGUCCUUUGGAUUCUUGCCACGACUUUUUGGGCGAUUUCGCUCGCGUGAGCUUGAAGCAUUGGCUUUUUUUAUAUAGUAUUAAAUUUAUAUAUAGAUAUUUACAUACACUUUUGUACGGUAUACACAAUCGACAAGUCCAGGCGAAACGAAUGACGAUUGACGAAUGAAUGAUCACAAACGCGAAUGAAUGUGUGCUUGCUUCUAUUUUUUAUUUUUAAUACGUUGAAUGCUUGAUUUUAUUUUUGAAUGUGACGUUUAUUUAUCAAGACUCUCGACUUCAUUUGUACAU